UGGCCUGGCCACAUUGUUUCAGUGGAAUAAACAAAAUGCUGGUUCUUACCGAGAUAAAACAAUUAACUAUGUAGAAUUGCUACCCACUAGCACCGAGUGAACCUCUAAGAAACCGGACCAACAUGGAACGGUUCGCUUUCAAGAUCGACGCGGCGCUAAAGGCGAAUCUCUACAAAAUCUGCAGGCUGUGCGGCAUCGACAAUCCAGGAAAAGUGCAAAUACUGCCGCAGAAUGGGGACGACAUCAUUGACCUGGACGAGCCCAGUUUGUCGCAGAAGGUCUAUGAGCUGGUCGGUUUUAUGGUGUCCGGAGACGACAAAAUGCCGCAGACAAUGUGCAGCCUGUGUGUGGAUAAAAUCAAUGAUUUUUACGAGUUUCGAGAGAUGUGCUAUGCAACCAACAAACAGACCCGCAACUUGCUGGGACUGAAGGCGCUAGAGCCCGAAAAGCUCAUUAAAUUAAAGCCCGUAAUCAAGGCGGAACCGCAGCUGAUGGGGCCAGGAGGCAAACGAGGACGAAAGCGCAAGACGGAGGACAACUGGCCGAGGGCGAAUCUAAGCGUGAAGACCCAGGUCAAGAAAGAGCCGGCGGCUUUUCAUAAGAAGCUGCGACUUCAGCCGGCGUCAUCAGCUCCCAUAGAGCCCAAAACGGAGCCUGACAUCAAAGAGGAACCCGUUGAGCCGGAAACCAGUCACAAGGUGCCACCGAAGAAGGGCCGCAAGUCCAUAUGCAGUGUUUGUGGCGAGAAGUUCCUCAACAAGGAGCUAGCCGACGAGCACAAGAGCCUGGUUCACGUGCCCUCGAUCCUGCGCUACGUAUGCAACGCCUGUAACCAGACGCAUCACAACCAGAGCGACAUCCGCGCCCAUCAGCUCUGGCACAAGCUCUCGAAGACGCCCUACAAGUGUCCCCUGUGCGAGGCAAGUGUGGCCAAUGCCUAUGCCUUUACGCGCCAUCUGCGGGAGCACACCCCGCCCACACCCGUCCAGCUGCUCGUUCUGGAUCGCGAGUGCCCGCUGUGCAAAAAGACCUUCAUCACGAACUUCUUCUACAACACUCACCGCUGUGCCAUCCGCAAGCGCAAGUGCGGCGGCUGCAGUCGCGCCUUGAACUCCGAGGCCGCCUACAUGCGUCACGCCCCCACCUGUGCUAAGAUUUACCUCAGUCACUCCAAACACAUCAUGCCCGAGGUGGUGACCAAUGAGGCGCAGAUGCGCAUCACGAACGAGGUGGAGGAUGACUUGCUUGGCCUGCCGCCGGCAACCGCUAUGCCACCGGAUUUUGUGAUCGAUGAGGGCAUGCAACCGGUGGUGGUCCUGGAGCGGCUCUCCUCGCCCCUGCUACGAGCCUCGACUACUAUUAAUCGUCUGGGCGCCUCCAGAGGACGAAAUAGCGAACGGGUUUCCGCUAAGAAAUAUUUAAAGAGAGUGGAUCAGCUGCUCAAAAACACCAUGAGCACUCUGGUGAGUAUCAAGCAUGAGCCAGAGGUGCACAUUAGCGACACCGGGCCAACCAGUGAGCAGGUGGAACAUGAGCCUGAACGAACGGAGCCCAGCUUCGGGGAUGAUGAUGACUUCCAUGCGGGCAACGACGACAGCGAUGAUGAUGAGCAGGAAGCUGGAGCAGGAGCUGCUUUGGCCAGCGAUAAUGUGCCCAGUGUAUCGGUCAAGCAGGAGCUCAUUGACAAGGCCUACGAAAAGCAGAUGGAGGUCAAGCAGGAGCCCCUGAAACUUAAGCUGAAAAUAACGAAGAAUCACGGCAAGCUGAACUCCUCGAUCAUAGAUGAUCUGGAUGAGGCAAGUCCGGCGACUGGCAGGGGUGCCAAAAAGAAGAAGAAACGCAAACACAAAGAGCGGGAAAAGGAGCCGUCUCUAGGAGCAGAGGCAACACAGGAUCAGGCCUUGGUUAACGUGAAACAAGAACCCGCUGACAACGAUUACGUUCCCCGGGCCACUGUCAUGACCACCAUACCCAUUAACCAGCUGGAAAGCAACUUCAAUGAAAGUGAGCAGCACGAGGAACAGCAGGAGGAGACGCUCCCAAUUCAGGAGGAUGUCAAGCCCAAUCGAAUUGAGCUUGAUCGCAUGAUGCAGAUAUCGCAUGUGGCCAGUGGCGUGGACAUGGCCGAAGAGGCUAUGCCCUUGGAGAGGGAACAACAAGAACAAGCCGUUGAAGCCACGCCCGAUCAGCCAGAGAAGCCCAAGGAGUCCCCGCCCAGCACAAAGCCCACGUCCGUGAAGUCUACGGCACGUAAAAGUACGGCAGGUGUUCAACGUAAGACACGUAAUGAGAUUCCAAAGGAGGUACCUUUGCCUCAAAUAGUAGCCGUGGAGAGUGGCGAGACGGUGGUCUUCAACAUGGUUCCAGAUAUUAACAUCAAGCCGGAGCCUCGCAAUCGCGGUUAUGGAGAUGAUGAGCCCGAGGUCACGGAAGAGAUUAAUCAUAACGAGAAGAUGGAUGAGGAGGAUGCCUAUAUCGACCACAACAAUGUGACUGUGAAGCAGGAAAAAGACCUGGACAUUUCCCAUGAAGCGGAAUCCACGCACUGCAACGGACUGGAAAGGCCUGCCGGAAGCGAGGGCGAUGACGAUGACGAUGGCCAUGAAGACAGUAUAUCGUCUGCUGACGAGGCUGAGGAAGCCAUGGAGGAGGAUGAAGAAGUGCGCAUUUAUCAAGAAAUCGAAUUGCCACCAUUGGAAGCUCAAAACGAAGCGGAUAAAGCAUCACAUUCGGGACCAGAGGAGCCCGGUUUAACAGUUUCGGAGCUACCUCCAGACACAGCUUCGGAAUCAACAGAAAUCCCAGUGCCAGAAUUUAGUUUGGUUAUAACCAGCAUCUGCAGUCAAGCAACACAGGACCUGACAACUGUUUCUGUAGAUUUAGAGCCUACCCUUGACCAUAUUCCGGCUUCCACAACUAAAAGUCAAUCUGCGGCAGGGCCACACGAAAUCCAGUCCCCGACUUUGGAUGGUUCCGUUCCAGCAGUUGAAUCCCAAAGAGAUGUGGGAAUUAAUCACUCCGCUGAAGGCCUGAAUGCCCAGACCCCUGGCUCCAAUCUGGCAGUUGAACAUUCUUCUCUGGCAGUUUUAGAACCCCCAAUGGAAGUCGUCGCUACUAUGACAAAUGAAGGUCAAUCUAGAACAGAUUUUGAAGCAAAUCCUUCACCAGUUGAAGCUCAAACCGAGGGCAAUACAAGCUCCAUUCGAAAGGUGUCCCUGGAAAGUGAAAACUCUAGCAUUGAGGAACUACCAGCCUCGGUUGAGAACCCACACGCUCAUCCUUCCCUCUUUGAGAGUCAACCCGCUCCUAUAAAUGAGGUCGAGACUCUGCCAAGUUCUAGUUCUAAUAUCCAAGAGACAGGAUCAACAGCAGCAUCCCUCCCAGACACAAAUCUAGCUCUGGAAUCUCAGGGAAACCCAGAGGAAACCGGGUUUACAUUACCAAUGGUCUCCCUUAAUGGUCCCAAAGAUAAUGAAGCUCAGGCCUUGCCAGGUUACGAGGCACCCAACUUUACAUGCGCUGAGGAGCACCAGAACGUUCUCAACCAUGAAAUCUCUGAGCAGCAGCAGCAGCAGCAGGCUCCUCUCGAUGAUGACCAGCUCUUGCUGUAUGAGGAGCAGCCGGCCACACUUGAAACUGGUCGGGAGCCAUCGGAAGGGGAGGAGUGUAACCCAGGACCCUCGACGAGACCAAUCGAGGAAACUGAGAACCGGAUUAACGAGCAGCAGCAGGAAUUGGCUUUGGAGGAUCAACGGCAGCCACGCUGCCAGGCCAACAACGAUGACUCCAAUAUCAACGAAAUUGCCGAAAACAAUAACAAUGCCAACAUUGAGCGUGAACUGCAGGACGACGCUUUGGGCGGAGCUGAGGAGGACGCUAAUCCGUAGAGUAGGAAUACCUAAAAGAUUGUUCCCUUUGAUUGUAAAUAUGUAUGGAUUUGUUGAGAAGGGGUUUGGGAAAUGAAGAUCUAUCCCUAAACCACUAAACUUUGUACGAAUAGAGAGCAUUACUUUUAAGUUAGAUAUACACAACUUUAUUACAUAAAUUAAUGGCUUAUAU